AUGCAGGCCACGAGCGCGUGGUCAGGCCACGCCGUCGUCGCCGCCCUCGCCGCCGCCACAUUCGCCAACACCCUCACCUGUGGCUUCGUCUGGGACGAUCGCGCCGCGAUCUUGACCAACCGCGACUUGCGCACGGACGAGACGUCGAUGUGGGACCUCUGGAGCCACGACUUUGGGGCAGGCCACUCACUGCUCACGUUUCGAGCCAAUUACGCUGUCGGCGGCUACAAUCCGAUGGGCUACCAUCUACUAAACGUCCUUCUGCACGUUGCGGCAUCGGUGCUGGUCGUCGCCGUCGGCCGUCGGGUGGUUGCCCCGUUCGGCGCUUCGCACGCGCCCGUCUUCGCCGGUGCGCUCUUCGCCGUGCAUCCGAUCCACUGCGACGCGGUUGCGAGCGUCGUUGGCCGCGCCGACGUACUAUGCACGUGUCUCUCGCUGCUGGCGUUUUGCCUCUACGACGCGUCCGCGUCGGCCACUUGCACCCACUGGCCACUCUACGUUGCGAGCCUCGUCUGCAUCCUUGCAGCAACCUUGUGCAAGGAGCUCGGCGCCGCAACGCUCGGUAUCCUCGUGACGCUCGAGCUGCUACGCGCCGCGCCGUCCAAGUCCAAAAGACUCGGUCCAUCGGCUGGCGUUGUCCGCACGGCGGUUCUUUUCGGUCUCGGCAGCGCCGGUAUUGCCUCCCGCAUCGCGCUCAACGGCGGCCAGACCCUGUAUGCGUGGUCGAUCUUGGAGAAUGACGUGUCGCUCCUGCCAUGGGGCGUUCCGCGUCUCCUUACCACGCUGCACACGCAUGGCUGGUACCUCUACAAGCUCUUUUGGCCGCAGUAUCUCUGCAACGACUAUGGCUUUCGAACGAUCCCGAUCAUCGCGUCUCUCUUCCAGAUGGAAAAUGUCGGAACAUUGGUGGCCUAUGCAUCUCUCUUGGUGCUGGUAGGCGUGGCGUUCGACCGCCGACGGACAUCGCCGCUGCUUUUGCUCGCGUCCUUUGGCCUCUUUCCAUUUGUACCGGCCGCCAACGUCUUGUUCCCUAUCGGCACCGUCGUCGCCGAAAGACUCAUGUACUUUCCCAGCGUCGGCUUUUGCUUCGUCCUGGGGUACGCACUCGAGCAUGCGCUACGUGUCUCGAUGCGAUGGCAGUCGUUGCUGCUCGCGCUCUUGUUUCUCUCGCUGCUUACUGUCGGUGCCGCCCGGUCGAUGGCCCGCAACUUCGAGUGGUCGUCCGAAACGCGCCUCUUUGAAUCGUCGGUGCUCACGGCGCCGUGGAGCGUCAAGGGCCUUAGCAACUUGUCUAAAGUGCUGCUCGGACCCGAUCCGCCGCGGGCCGCCGCGUACCUUGAACGUGCGCUCUCGGUCGCGCCACGCUACGCCGCCGGUCAAUUGAACCUCGGGCUUGCCUACAUUCGCAUGGGGAAGCCAUUGCAUGCGAUGCAGAACCUUCUCCACUCGAUCGACGUCGACGCGAGCCUUGCAGCGUAUGCGUAUCUGGGCCGGUGCGCAUCGAGCUUUUACCUCGCGUCGCAGCUAAAGCAAUUUCCGACGAGCAAUGCGACGCACGCGUGCCAGCUCGCGCACCAGCUGCUCGACUAUACGAUCGCCCAAGGCGCGAGCAUGCCCGGUCUCUUCUUCGCGCGCGGUCUUUUAGCCUACUACACGAGCGACUUUAGCACCGCCUUUGCAGUUUGCGCCAACCAGCUCACGACGCCAAUGAACCAACAACAACCCACAACGACUGCCUACGAGAUCCAGCCCACACCAACGGUCAAGCCUGUCGCUCCCGACGGCAUGGAGGCCGACGCCAACAACCUCGUCGUCGGUCAGUGGAAGGUCGGGAUCUGUGGCUGCUUUACCGACGUCAUUCCCAACUGCUGCAUGGCCUAUUGGUGCCCGUGCGUCUCGCUCGCGCAGAUCGUGCACCGCAUCGGCACCUGCUCGUACAUGAUGGGCCUCCUCGUCUUUGGACUUGCGUACCUCUUGAUGUACAUCACGGCGGCCGUCUCGGGGGGGUAUCACUACUCGGCGAUCGCCUCGGGCAGUGCUGGCGUGGCGUGCGGCAUUUGUGUCAUGAUUGUGCGCAACAUUGUCCGCGGCAAGCUCCGGAUUCCAGGCAACUGCCUCAUCGACUGUCUCUGCGGCUUCUUUUGCAACUGCUGCGCGAUCGCGCAAAUGGCGACGCAAGUCAACGCGUACGACAAGGGCACGUGCGCGUUCGGGCCCAAGGAUACGCUGCCGGGCUACAUGGCGUAG